AUGGGGUUGAGUAUCUCAAACAAGUUUGAAACCAAGAAUGUCAAUAGGAGCUAUUUCUGGAUAAAUGAGAGUGUGUCUUGGAGCAGCGCUCAGAACUACUGUCGGGUGAAUUACACAGACCUGGUCAGUAUACGGAAUGAGAGUGAAAACCAGAAGAUAAUGAAGACAGCACAGAGGGGCAACUUCUGGAUUGGCCUGUUCAACAAUCAAUGGAAAUGGUCUGAUGAACGAAAUUCAACCUUUCAAAACUGGGAUCAAAACUGGCAAGGAGAUGAUGAAAGUGAACAAUGUGGGGUUAUUACUUCAAAUGGAACGUGGUCUGCCUAUUCCUGUAGCACUCGGUGGUUCUUCUUCUUCUGCAGUAACAAUGUGAAGUCCUGGUAUGACGCCCAGAGCUACUGCAGAUCACACUACACAGACCUGGUCACUGUUGAGAAUCAAACUCUGAAUGACCAGCUGUUACAAAUCUCUGGACAAAGAGAGGGAUGGAUUGGGCUGCGACAUGGAAAUGACACUUGGCAAUGGUCCGAUGGAGACCAGCUGACCUACAGAAAUUGGAAUCCCACCCUUUACUGUGCUCAGGUUCAAACAGAUGGCUCAUGGGCAGAUUCCGUUUGUUAUGACCAAAUCCCUUUCAUGUGCUACAAGGAAACUAGCUACACAAGUGAGAGGUAUGUCUGGAUCAAUGAAAGAAUGAACUGGUCCAGUGCUCAGAACUACUGCCGAGUGAACUACAAUAACCUGGUCAGUAUAAGGAAUGAAAGUGAAAAUCAGGAGAUAAUGAAGAAGGCACAAGGCAGUCCAUUCUGGAUCGGCUUGUUCAACCACCCUUGGAAAUGGUCUGAUGGAGGGACAUCAACAUUUCAAACCUCCAAUAAUUAUUGGUGUCAGUUUGGGUACAACUGGGAAGGACAGGAACUCUGUGUAAUUGGUACACAGGAUGGAGAAUGGGGAGAGAUUGACUGCACAUGGUCCAGUCCCUUCUUCUGCCAUAAAAGAAAAGAAACAAAAAGGGUGUUUCUGAGAAUCGGUUUUGAAAGUCGGACCAAUGCAGAUGUCCAAAUCUUCAGUGAUGACAUCUUAAGUGAGUUAAAGAAAUAUAUUCCCCAACAAACUGUAAUGAACAACAAUAUUUCUUGGGUGAAGAGUGUCAAAGAUGUAAUUUUUACAAAAGAAAAAAAUAAAGGAGCAACCUAA